CAGCAGCAUUGACAAAAAACACGCAGCAGCAGCAGUAGUACUAUUAGGGCUGUCAGCAAGCAAUGGAGUUGCAGAUGACAAGAGAAAACGCAGACUAUACAGUUGGGGCGGCAUCUUCACCACAACCGAAAAUGGGCGGCGGAGAGGGAGCCGUAGAUGAUCAUGAAGGACAGUCUCUGAGCAGCAGCAGGAGGAGGUGGCGGACGAAAGCCCUGGUCAUCACUCAACUCACCCUUCGAGCUUUAGUGGUGGCCUUCUCCUUGGCCGCAAUCAUCAUCACGAUCACUGCUAAGCAGACGGUGAAUGUUGGCAUACUUACUUUUACAGCCCGAUACAACUACUCAUCUGCCAUGAGGUUCCAAUUGGGAGCAAACUCUGUUGUAUGCGCUCUCUCUUUUCUGUCGAUGCUCCUCUUCGUCCUCCCUCUCCGCUCCGCUCAUCCUCAAUCAGAACCCCCCGGAAACUACUUCUAUUUGCUUUUGCACGAUAUGGUGUUGACGAUGUUGGUGAUAUCGGGAUGUGCAGCGGGUUCUACUGUUGGCUAUUUGGCCAAAUAUGGACAGGAGCAGGGCAGCUGGAUUGCCUUCUGCACGUACCUCCACCGGUUCUGUAAUCAACUGCAGGCGGCUCUUGCAUUCGCUUACUUGGCUUUCUUUUGCAUGUUUGUGCUCACCAUCGUGGCUGCUUCCAAGCUCAAGUCUCAUGUUAGAUAGAACUUACAAGAAGAGUACUCAACUCUGUGUGGUUUGUAUUUUGUGUAAUUUGUAAGCUUUUUUGCUGGAGGACAAUUUGUGAGCACGGAAUCAAAUUAAUU